AUGGACCCAAUUUCGGGCCGGUUUAUUUUCAGGUUCGACCUGGGCCCGAGCAUUUGCCUCCAUUUUCAGAACCAGGCUGCAAAUUCUUCAAAAUCAGCUUCACAUUUGCUCGACCAGUAUCACCGAUCGGAUUCUGUAGCCAAUGGACAUAUCCGUUUUGCAGCCUCUUCCCCCUCUUAUAUCCGAUAUUCAAAGGGUGAGGUGGACGAAAGCCAGAGCCUGACCCUAGACAAUAUAAGGCAUUCAUUAAUUGAACAAGAGGAUAGCAUAAUAUUUAGCCUUUUGUUGAGGGCUCAGUAUGAUUAUAAUGCUGACACAUAUGACCCUGAUGCGUUCUCCAUGAAAGGUUUUCAGGGAUCAAUGGUUGAGUAUAUUGUUAGGGAAACUGAAAAGGUCCACGCUCAGAUGGGCCGGUACAGAAGUCCAGAUGAGCAUCCAUAUUUUCCAGAAGACUUGCCAAAAUCAACAUUCCCAUGCUUGCAGUACCCGCAGAUCCUCCAUCCCUGCGCUGGUUCAAUCAAUAUCAACAAGAAGGUCUGGGCUGUGUAUUUUAGAGAUCUUCUUCCCAGAUUGGUCAAAGCUGGAGAUGACGGGAAUUGUGGAUCUGCUGCUGUUUGUGACACAAUGUGCUUGCAGGCAAUGUCAAGGAGAAUCCACUAUGGAAAAUUUGUGGCUGAGGCUAAAUUCCUACAAUCACCUGCCGAAUAUGAGGCUGCUAUUAGGCAGCAAGAUAGCAGAAAACUCAUGGAGCUGCUGACAUAUGAAUCUGUGGAAGCAGCAGUCAAGAGGAGAGUAGAAAUGAAAGCGAAAACAUUUGGCCGAGACAUAAUUAACCCACGGGAAGAAGAAGCUGAGCCCACAUAUAAAGUGAAGCCAAGUUUACUUGUCAAUCUGUACGACAAUUGGAUCAUGCCUCUCACCAAGGAAGUUCAGGUUGAGUACUUGUUGAGAAGGCUUGAUUAAUAUUGAGUCUUGCAUUCUGCUUUUCUCAUGUUUGCUAAGAAACUGAAGUUUGAAGAGUUCACUGGAAAACUUCAAUUUUCAAGCAUGUUUUGGACCUUGUUAUCAUUACUCAUCAUUUCCCUAA